AUGGCCCGGAGGGUGCUGGGCGGAGGCCGCGUCCUCGGAAGUGGGAAGAACCUCUCGCCAGCUACAGCUUCCUCGACUUCAUCUCCGCAACCCAAAGGACGCCAAUCGCCAUCCCCCAGCAGCGUAUCCUUGAAUUCGCAAGCAUCUGCAUCACAAUACGCUCCCGACCUUCAAGACCUCACAUCCCGGAUCUCUCAUUAUAAUGGCGAGACGUCCAUCUCAGCGGCUCCCGCCACGACUGGAGCGCAAUUGGCAUGUCCAAUAUGUAAUGAGGAGAUGGUAACACUGCUUCAAUUGAAUAGACACCUUGAUGAUGCACAUCAGAACUUGGAAGAAGUCAGACAGGACGAAGUGAAGGACUGGUUCAAAGCACAAAUGGACAAAGCGAAACGCUUCCAGCCCCUAGCAGUACUCAACCAGAAACUCAAAGGAUUAGACGUGUUCGAAUCGAACGAAAAUGCGCAACCACCUUCUAUCGCAAUCACCCGUCAGGUCACCGGUCCCGUCGAAGUCAAUCUACCAGACCCGGACGAAGUCAUUACACGUGAGCAUUGGCAACCACGGGGUCUGUAUGAUGUUUGCUGUGAGCCGAGUUGCGGGAAAAGGCUUACAUCUACGACUGGGUGUGUCAACUGCAGGAAGUGCGGUGAGCUUUAUUGUGAGGAGCAUACUAUGUAUCAAAUGAAGUUAUCCCGGUCAGCACAACAUGAACCGAUCCGGGGUCUUUGGUGUCGCGUUUGUGAAACGUGUUAUAAAUCUAGAGAAGGUUAUAAUGACCAUAAUGGUUUGAUACGAGACCACACAGAGCAGUUCUCUCAACUUAGGAGGCCGACGAUUGACAAGGCUGCCCUGGAAGUAUCUAGGCUCGAGAAGAGGUUGACUCGAUUAACACAGGCUCUCGCUAGCCUCCCAGUGGAUCAGAUUCAGUCUGGCGCAAGCAAGCGGUGGCCUCUUGGACGACAAGGCGAUCAGCGUCGCGAAAUUGAGCAAUCAAUCGUAAGCUGGCAGGACGAUGCUAGCGUUCCACAGUGCCCCUUUUGUCAGCAAGAAUUUACGAGCUAUACGUUCCGUAGGCACCAUUGUAGGACUUGCGGGCGAGUUGUGUGCGCGGAUCAAUCCACUGCCUGUUCUGUUGAAGUCGGCCUAGCAGUAUUAUCCCAACGACAGAGUCCCAGUGAGAAGGCUGUACCUUCCAAGAUCAACGUCGAUAUCAGACUUUGCAAGGAGUGCAGAGCAACUCUUUUUAGUCGCCGCGACUUUGAUGAAGAAAGGAAUCAGAAACCACCUGUGGUUCGCUCAUACGACAAUCUCAUACAAUUCGAACGAGGGAUCAGGUUAUUACAACCGCGAUUUCAGAAGCUGCUGUCUGCCCUACAGGACCCGCAUAAUCCCCCAAUACCAGAACAGCUUACAGAGGCUUCAAAAGUUCGGAAAAGACUUAUAGAUUCGUUCGCGCAAUACGACACAGCCGCCCGUCGUAUUCGCGAUCUCCCAACAGACUCGCCCACUCAACAAAAGCUACAAAAGGCCAUCUAUCAACAGGCCAGCAACUUUCUACACCUACACAUGUUACCCCUUAAAAGUCUACCUAAGAUUUUAAAACAUGCCACACCAGGAGGCCGUCCAACACUCGGCGGCCACAGUCGAAAUUCUCUUACCACCGAAUCAUCAACCACCAAACCCUUCACCCCAGCCCUAGCCUCAAUCAAAUACGGUCUCAACACACCGAACGGAAGCAGCCAAAGUAUCACCAGUGACAACAGCAGCGCCAUAUCCGCGCUAGAAGACGAAGAAAAGGCCUUAAGAGAUCGAUUGAUAGUACUCGAAGAACAGAAAUUCUUCGUCUCGGAAAUGAUUGCCGAUGCUAAUCGACGCCGCAAAUUCGAUGAAGUGAGCACUUUGGCUCUGAAUAUGGAGGAUCUCAGUAAGGAGAUUGAUCGGAUUAAUGGGAUUUUGAAUAAGUUGGAUUUUGAGAGUUUGUAUACGGGGAAUGCGCAGGGAUGAUUCUCCCUAUUAUAAACUCUGGUGCAGUUCAGUUGGUAGAUGCGAGGAUGUUGCAGCAUUGAUUAUUCCUUUAUAACCCUUCAUUGACAUAUUCUAGCAUUUCUACUUGCUUAUCUUUUUUGCUGAGGAGUUCGGUUACGUCGGUUGCUUGCCUCUUUUUUUUCCUGCGCGAGCCAUGUUAUCAUUCGCUCUGGGCAGUUUCAUUAUAUUAUUACAUGUUUGA